AUGUCGACCCUGUCCGACCUCCGCCGAGAAUACGCGACCUUCAAAGCGGAGCAAAAGGCCGCUGCCGCCGCAGCGCAAACGGCCGCUGCCGCCGCAGCACAAGCGGAGCAGCAGGCAGCCGCCGCCGCAGCAGAGGCUGCGAAGGAGUGGGAGGAGAUGCUUGAGGAUCUCGAUCUCAUCGAGCGAGCCAUAGCUGACAUUCGAUCCCUUCACGUUCAGCAGCGCUGGGAGUGGGAGCGCUAUCUCCUCAUCAUAUAUCGUCAGGCCAUCGAACUGCCAGUUCUCGCGGUGAUGUCCCCGGAGGAGCUGCUCGCAAACCCCGCGCGCCCGUCGCGAGACGCGCAACUCGCAAGGCGCUAA